UCUUCUUGAGAAAUUCCGAAACCUUGGCAACUUCAAGCACAACUCGGUUGUUAAAAUCACAGGAUCAGGAUGUCUUAAAGUGAAAAGGAGUUCCAAACAGAGCAGCAGCCCUGAGACGUAUGAUUACUGCUUGUACUGUAAAGGUAUGUUAUCCAGAAAAGAGCUUUCUCGACAUAUGAAAAGAUGUGCUCUUAGACCAGAGAAUAAUGUUGAAGAGGGACCUGAGUUGAGAGAGAGAGUCUUUGGUAUAGCAUCUGCUCAAUCCACAAUGUCCCAGCCAAUUUCAAGUGAACUUUGGUCAGUGCUGGGCAAAAUGCACAAGGAUGACGUGUCCACUGCUAUAAGGAAUGAUCAUUAUCUCAUGCAGUUUUCCCAGUCCCUCUUUAAUAAGCAUGGAAGUGACAGAUCAAAGCAUGAGUAUAUAAGACAGAAAGUAAGGGAACUUGGGAGAUUACUUGUGACUUUGCGCCACACAACAAGAAUCCAUAACAUGGAAGAGGCAAUAAAACCAGGCAACUUCUUUAUUCUUACUAGUGCUGUCAAGAGAGUUUCAGGUUUUGAUAACAAAAACAACACAUUCAAAGCCCCAAGUUUGGCCCUGAAAAUUGGGCAUUCUCUCAGAAAGAUAAGUGACCUCAUCAUGUGUCGUGCUCUCAUGGAAGAGGACCAAGAGGUGAUUGAUUCCAUCAGGAGGUUUCAUACACUUCAUGAAACAAAGUGGUCUGAAUUAGUUUCCCAUUCUGCCUUAUCAAACCUGAGUGAGGCAAAAUACAACAAGAGCACCAGGCUUCCACUGGCCAAAGACGUUCAGAAGCUACAGUUAUAUCUUGGUCAGCAAGUGGAAUUGACUAAGGAGAAACUAGCCAAUAACCCAACAGCAGGCACUUAUGCAGCACUAGCAAAGGUGACCCUCUGUCAAGUCAUUUUGUUUAAUAGGAGGAGGGAAGGUGAAGUGGCACGGAUGACUGUAAAAAAAUUUUGAAGAUUGUGACAUGUCCCAACUAAACGAUGACAUAAGCACUGGGCUUACAGAAGUUGAGAAGAGACUUUGCAAACAAUUUGCCAGAGUGGAACUGAGGGGAAAAAAAGGACGAAAGGUUGCUGUGAUCCUGACUCCUGAUAUGACUGCUAACCUGUCACUCCUCAUUAGUAAGAGGAAAGAGUGUGGAGUAACUGAAAACAACAAUUACCUCUUCGCUAUUCCUUGUAGUGAUGGUCACUACAGAGGGCAGUUCGGUCAAUUUGCAGAUGCUUGUGGAGCCGAAGAUCCUCAAAACCUCAGAUCAACUAACCUUCGCAAACAGAUCGCCACAAUAAGCCAAGUCAUGAACUUGAAAGAUAAUGAACUGGACCAGCUGGCCGAUUUUCUCGGUCAUGAUAUUAGGGUGCAUAGAGAGUACUAUCGACUGCCCCAAUCAACAAUUCAGCUAGCUAAGAUCUCAAAGCUGCUUAUGGCUGUGGAGAAGGGAAGUGUGAAGGAUAUUCAAGGAAAAUCUCUGGACGAAAUUGGUGAUGACAUAGACGAUAUGGAUACCGGAUCACAGCAACUCCCUAAUGUUUCCACAUUGCAAGACAAUGAAGAAAUGUUGGCUUCUGUGACUUUUGGAUCGCCUCACCUCUCUGAGUCUGCAGCUCAAGAUGACCAGGGGAACACUGCCUGUGUAACUUCUGGUUCACCUCAUCUCCCUGACUCAGUUACUCAAGGUUUCCGUGUUUCAUCAAGGCGGUGUGUGAAGAGACCAUGGUCUGAGGAGGAGAUACAAGCUGUGAUGAAACAUAUGAGGCCUUUUAUUGAAAAUGGUGUCACUGUCACCAAUGAGCAGUGCCUGAAGUGCAAGGAAAAGGAACAACCUAUCUUGGAGACAAGAUCCAUUCAAAACAUUAGAGAUUUUGUACGCAAUAGAGGCUUGGCCUUUAAAAGGCAGUCAAAUGCUAAACACUAAAUGCACUUUUGGACAGCCUGAGCCUUUACCUUGUUCAGAAAUGGUUUAGGUAACUUUAAUUUAUUUUGCUCACAGGCAGUGUUUUUUGUUUUGUUUGUUUUGCUAUGUGGUUAGCCUGGGCCUUUUAUUGUCAGGAUUCACUUUUAUUUUCCUUAAUUUUUUCAAUGCUGUCCUUUGUUAAGGAAUUGAUUCUUGAGGUGACAAUCAAAUAUAGUUCAGUGAUUCAACAAAUGUUGUGUUGUGUGUUAAUAAUGACCUAGAUUAUUUAUUUCAACAUUUUUAGCUUAAAUGCAGAUGAGUUAAGUUUAGUAGGCAAACAUAAUGAAAUCAACUAAUGAGCUAAAUAUACUAUGAGACCUCAGCAAGUUGUGAUCCUAUUCGCAAUCUCCACAAAACAACAAAAUAGCAAGCAUAAAUCAAGCGUAUAGCGUCAAUUCUGGCAGGUAACUUUAGUCAAGUUUGCAUCAGCUGACUGUCAGCUGAUCACAUCUACCUAUAGGAAUACGACGUCUAUCACAGCAUACAUAUAUAAUAUAGCUCCUCAGUAUUAUCAGCUGCUAUCGCGUUCUCCAGUACUCAUUUACCCUCCUCCAUCCCCAGCUCCUCCUC